GCUUCUAGUGCAGAAUGGAGUCGUAAAUUAGCUCCCUUCAUCGCGGUAGUGUACGACUGUGGUGUCGUCACUUCAUACCUCUUGCAUUAUUCUCGGUUGGUUUGUCUUGUCUGAGCUACAGUGUGGGAAAUCCGAAUCAAGAAUAGUUGUAGCGACUGGAUGAGCGAUGAAGGCAGAUGAAAGCAUUCUUACAUUUGAGCAUAUUCACAGAACGUUUACAAACAGCAUUUCAAAAAAAUAAUGUCUUCAAUUCUGAUGCCUGUGCUAGCUGAUAUUUACACUCAACCUGUACAGCUGGCAGAUUUCUAUGUCAGCAAUAUCACAGAUCGGAAAUUCACAGCAGCACUAGUGAAGCACCUAAAUAUCACUGCUCCACUUGGUUCCUUCCAGCACUUAAAACGAGUGAGAGGUGACAAAAGCAAAGAUGGUCAGUUGCAGAUACUGCUUUGUCCCUGCCACCAUGUCAGCAAAAUGACUAAACAUAAUGGGGAUUUUGUAACAACCUCUGCAGGUCAUAGAGAUUUUGUGAUGAUCCCUAGGGAUCAUGAUGAUUCUGUGAGGGAGAGUGAGCAGAUUAAUAUUAUGAUGACAUCAUUACUUAAAUCUAGUGAUAUACCCAGCACAACACUUAGCAAACCUUACCUAGUGAAGGUACCCAUAUGUUGCCCAGCAACACGUGCUCAGUAUGAGGAGUCAUCGUUCUACUGGCCAGUCACCUUUCAUGAGGAUAAGAGAAUUGCACAGAUGUUGUCAGGAACAUUCUUCAGCAAAGAAGAAAUCCAAAGAAUUAAGAAUUAUCUGCUUGAAGCUGAAUCAUUAGGGAAAAAAGCUGCAGAAAAAGGACAGAAACAUUAUGGAAUUGUGGUUGUUGACCCGGACACAAAUACCAUCAUAGCCAAAGGGCAUGAUAUGUGCAGGGGAAGUAAUCCAUUGCACCAUGCAGUGAUGGUGGGGCUGGACUUAGUGGCCAGAAGUCAGGGAGGAGGCAUGUGGUGCCUGGAAGACCCUGAUAUGUAUUUCAGACCUAGUGAAGAAAAAAGCAAUGUUUGUGAGUUGACAUCUUGUGAAAGUUCUAAUGGUCAGAUGGCCAGUGAGAAAAGUGGACCAUAUCUCUGCACUGGCUAUGACAUCUUUCUGAACAUGGAGCCUUGUCCAAUGUGCAGCAUGGCUUUAGUUCACUCCAGGGUGAAUCGUGUAUUCUAUUCAACACCACAUGUGGAUGGGGGUCUUGGCUCAAAAUAUAAGGUGCAUAUGCAAGCAGGACUUAACCAUCAUUUUGAUGUUUUCAGAUGGACUGGUGAAGUGCUUUCAGACAUCAGAGCACACCACUGACCAGAAAUUUAAGGGGUUUAAAAGAGCAAAAAUAAAUUUCACUAAGAAAAACAUCA